AUGGCUGCCACCCCGAUUCCCCCUUUUAUUGUCGAAAUCUGGUACAACCAGUCGCCCAAGGACCCCGAGAACCAGGCAGAGAAGUACGUGAAGCAAACGAACGGCGACAUCCGGACGGUUCUCAUCCUCGACGUCCAGUACCCCAACAUCUCGUCCAUCCGCGUCUACCUAUUUGCGACGGACAUGGCAGCUGGUGGCCGGCCGGUUCUACGCGAGGUCCAGAGCCUGACGCUGUUCGAUUUCGCCGAUGCAACCGCCGCCGCGGGGCACAGCCCUCUCCGUCUGUUUGCCUCCGACUUCCUAUCGGCCGAUACCGACGUGCCAGCCCGGCUGAAUCGCCCCAUUCCGUUCGAGUGCCACAGCGACGAGUACAUCAUAAUCGUGCAUGUCGAGAUCCCUUUCGAGAGUCUGCGCGACGCCUGCCUCAGAGCCCGAGAACUACAUCUGAAGAAGCAAGACAAAGCCCGCAACUUCCGGCCGGUGUGA